AAUAAUUAUUUUAUUCUGAAUUGAUAUUGUUGGUUGGUUUGUAUUUGUGAGAAUGUCUGGCAGAGGUGGUAAGACCGGUGGCAAGGCCCGUGCUAAGGCCAAGAGUCGUUCUUCCAGGGCCGGGCUGCAGUUCCCAGUGGGCCGUGUUCAUCGACUCCUUCGGAAGGGGAACUAUGCGGAGAGGGUCGGUGCUGGAGCGCCUGUGUAUUUGGCUGCGGUUCUCGAGUAUCUAACGGCUGAAAUCCUGGAGUUGGCUGGUAACGCUGCUCGGGACAAUAAGAAGAAUCGUAUCAUUCCCAGACACCUGCAGUUGGCUGUGCGCAACGACGAGGAGUUAAACAAGUUGCUUGGAGGGGUCACCAUCGCGCAAGGUGGGGUGCUGCCCAAUAUUCAGGCUGUGUUGUUGCCCAAGAAAACUGAGAAACCAGCUAAAGGAAAAUAAGAUCGGGACUAUCGAGAUAAUUAACAUCAGCCCAUGAAAAGGCUCUUUUGAAGAGCCAAACCCUUUUGUUAAAAAGACUGAGCCACUAUUUAUAUUUGGUCAUUGUGUUUUUUUGUAAUACGUGUGUAAAAAUAAAGCUCUUCUUUGUCUUGCUC